AACGCAGCGCGUGACGUCACGGCAGGGGCGCCGCCAUGGCCGCCCGCAGGGCGCUGCACUUCGUCUUCAAAGUGGGAGACCGGGCCGGCACGGCGCGCUUCUACCGGGACCUGCUCGGCAUGAGGGUGCUGCGGCACGAGGAGUUCGAGGAGGGCUGCAAGGCCACCUGCAACGGCCCUUAUGAUGGAAAAUGGAGCAAGACCAUGGUGGGCUACGGACCAGAGGACAAUCACUUUGUGAUGGAGCUGACUUACAAUUAUGGCAUUGGAGAAUAUCGCCUGGGCAACGACUUCCUGGGCAUCACUCUGGUGUCCAGCCAGGCUGUGAGCAAUGCCAAGAAGAUGGGGUGGCCCCUCAAAGAGGUCACCUCUGGUGUCUUUGAAGCUGAAGCCCCAGGAGGAUACAAGUUCUACCUGGAAGACAAGGAACAGCUCAAGCAAGAUCCCGUGUGGAAGGUAACCCUGGGCGUCUCAAACCUGCAGAAGUCUCUGAGCUACUGGUCUGGUUUGCUUGGGAUGAAAAUAUAUGAGAAGGAUGAGGAGAAACAAAGGGCUUUGCUGGGCUACGCUGACAACCAGUGCAAGCUGGAGCUGCGGGCUGUCGGAGGGGCAGUGGAUCACGGGACGGCGUUCGGCCGCGUCGCCUUCUCCUGCGCCAAGGACGAGCUGCCAGGCAUUGAGGCCCUGAUGAAAAAGGAGAACCAGAAGAUUCUGACCCCUCUGGUCAGCUUGGACACGCCGGGCAAAGCCACGGUGCAAGUGGUGAUUCUGGCUGAUCCCGAUGGCCAUGAAGUGUGUUUUGUGGGAGAUGAAGCGUUCAGAGAGCUGUCCCAGGUGGACCCUAAUGGUGACAAGCUGCUGGAUGAUGCCAUGGCUGCUGACAACAGUGACAAAUGGUUUGCUGAGCACAACAUGAAGAAGGGUUCAGCUUAGCUGGAGGAAUUGCCGGGCUGCUCCCAGGAACAUGCCACUCCUGCUUCCAGUGCUGCCCUCCAGGCAGAGCCCCUGCUGGAUUUUGGGUUGGUUUCAGCUGAUGUCUCUGCCUUUCCUUCCAAAAAAAUGGGGCUGUGCAGCAAAGGAGAGGCUGGCUUCAAAACCAGGGAUCAUCAGUCAAGAAAACCUCACGUUUCUGUGCUGUUGUACUUGGAAGAAAGGUGAACAGAUCCGUUAUUUUCUGAUUAAUUAAUUUCCUGAUUAAUUUGCUUGAGCUGUCCUUUAUUUGCAGGCUAGAGAGGAGAUUUUGAGGCUACUCCCCCUCUCCAGUGGGGUGCGGGGUGCAUCCCUUUAUUGAGAAAGAAAUGAUCUUGCCAAACUGUGUGAAUGAAUGCUCCAUCCUUGUUUCCAUUCCAAGGUUUCCCCAACUUCCAGGGGGAAGUUUCACUCGAGGAGCCCCUGGGGUGUUUUCUCGCUGGGAUCCUGCCCCUUCUCCAGGGGAUUUCCACGUUCCAGGAGGGAGCUGAGGCUGGGCUUUGGGGUUUGUAGCUGCAGUGUCUGCUGAGGUGCCAGGGGCAGCUUGAAGUAAGUUUUGCAGUUAGGUUUUGGUGAGAAACUUUGGAAAUAACAGUUCAGGGUUUGUUCUGUUGGAAUGAAGUCAUUCUGCUUUUGCUGGGAAUGCAGGGAGUCAUUCCUGGCAUUGCUUGUGCCAGGUGUGCUGCCCGACUGCUCAUUUUCCUGAUGAAAACCAUAAAUAAAACCCCUUAAAUCAGGUUUUCAUCAUGAAACUGCAAUGGGUUUCAGGUACGCUGCCCGACUGCUCAUUUUCCUGAUGGAAACCUUAAAUAAAACCCCUUAACUCAGGUUUUCAUCAUGAAACUGCCUUGAGUUUCACAGAGAUCAGGCAGCGUUGGCACUUCCGAGCUGCACCAGCAGAAAUUCCUCGCUGCUGUUUUGUCCGAGCUUUUUUAAUGACGGUUUUGAAUUCGUGAAAUUAAACACGUUGAUAUUGGAGCACGGCAA